UAGAGUAAUGAAACCAGUCAUCAAAGAACUAAGAUCGCGAGGGUGGCAAUCGGUUAUAUAUCUUGAUGAUAUACUAUUGAUGGGAGACUCGGUUUCAAUUUGCAAAGGUAACAUUGCGGAGACUACGUCUCUUUUGCAAAGUUUGGGUUUUAAGAUUAACGUGAAAAAAUCUCAGUUAGAGCCUUCUCGCAUAUGUAAAUUUUUAGGAUUUAUAAUCGAUACGCAAUGUUUUUGUAUGAGGCUUCCGGAGGAAAAGCGGGACAAAAUUAAAUCAUCAGCAAAAAGUUUGAAAACGAAACCUAUGGUAAAGAUUGCAGUUUUGGCGCAAUUCAUAGGGUAUCUUGUGGCAGCUUGCCCUGCUGUGCAAUAUGGAAUGGUUUACACGAAGCAGUUAGAGAGGCAAAAGGUUUUAGCUCUUAGAAAGCAUAACGCAAACUAUGAGCAGAAGGUUCAUAUUGAUGUGUGCAUUCAUGAAGAUCUUGAUUGGUGGAUUAAUAAUAUCGAUCGAGCAAAUAACCCUAUAAGAGAGGGAAAGUAUGUUUUAGAAAUUUUUUCGGAUGCUUCGCUUUCUGGCUGGGGAGUUUCAUGUGGGGGUAAUUAUUCUCAUGGCUGGUGGAGUGUUGAAGAGAAGCAAGAUCACAUCAACCUGCUUGAACUCAAAGCUGCCUUUUAUGGGUUAAAAUGUUUUGCAUUUGCGUUAAAAUCUGCAGAAAUUUUGCUUAGAAUAGACAACUCUACAGCGAUUAGCUAUAUUAACAAAAUGGGUAGCAUUCGGUACCAAAAACUAACAAAGCUUAGUAGAGAAAUCUGGCGGUGGUGUCAAGACCGGAAUUUAUGGAUUCGGGCUACAUAUAUUAAAUCAUCAAGAAAUGUUGAAGCUGAUAGGGAGUCGCGUAUAAUAUCAGAAGAAACAGAAUGGGAACUGGCAGACUAUGCUUUCAAAGAAAUUGUUUUGUGUUUCGGUAAACCACAUGUUGAUUUGUUUGCCACAAACAUUAACAAAAAGUGUCAAAUUUUUUAUUCUUGGUUUCCGGACCCAGAGGCAUCAGCUGUAGAUGCAUUUGCAGUAGAUUGGUCCUGUCUGAAGUUCUAUGCUUUUCCUCCCUUUGCGCUUAUACUAAAAGUAAUCAGGAAAAUAAUCAAUGAUCAAGCCGAAGGGGUUUUAGUUGUGCCAAAUUGGCCAUCUCGGCCUUGGUUUCCACUGUUUAACGAAUUGCUUAUAAGUCAACCA